UGUUUAUUAGAUAUACUUGGAAGAUCGUAACUAAUUUGUGUAAUGUCAGCCGGAGAUCCAUUUUCAGAUCCAGUGCUGUCAGAAUGCCUCUGAGUUAUGCAGGCUACCCAGAAUUCAAACGGGACGAGAACUGUUUCACCUCAGCGCAUGCUCACGAAAUUGGGGACCCUUACCGUUGGCUAGAAGACCCUGAGAGCCCUGAAACGAAAGAGUUUGUUGACAAACAAAAUGAGCUUAUUAAUCCGAUUAUAAAUAGUUACGAAGACAGAGUUAAAAUUGAGAAAAGGUUAACUGAAUUGUACGAUUAUGAGAGGUAUGGAUGUCCUAUGAAACGGGCGGACUACUAUUACUACUUUCACAACAGUGGGCUGCAAAACCAAUCGGUGCUGUAUAGAACGAAGGACCUAUCAGAGAAAGGCGAGAUAUUUUUAGACCCUAAUGGGUUCACUGAGGACGGCACUUCUAGCAUUAGAUCAUACACAUUCAAUAAAAAGGGCACACUGUUUGCAAAUGCGGUGAGCGAGGCUGGCUCUGACUGGACCACCAUCUUCAUCAAAGAUGCGUUGAAGAUGGAAUUGCUACCAGACAAGCUGGAACGAGUCAAGUUCUCAUCCCUCAAAUUUACAAACGACAGCAAGGGACUUUUCUACAACAAGUACCCGGCAGACGGAACUAAUGCGAGUGGAACCAGCACAGUAGCCAACAAAUUUCACACUCUCUACUACCACAAGCUGGGAGAAGACCAGAUGAGUGACGUCAUCGUGGCUGAUUUCCCCGACUUCCCUGACUACAUGGGCCAGGCGACAGUCUCGGAUGACGGGCGUUACGUCUUCCUCGCAAUAUCUGAGUCAUGUGACACCAAGUGUCUAUUAUGGUACUUCGAUCUAGAAACGAGCAAUUACGAGAUAAAUGGCAAACUGGAGUGGAAGAAAAUAUUUAACACGAUGGAGGCAGAGUACCAGUAUGUGUAUAACUAUGGAACCAGUGUACUACUCCUCACUAAUAAAGAUGCUCCCAAGUGGAAACUGGUGAAGUUGAACCUGGAUGACCCCAACUACAAACUGGAAGAUGUGAUCGCAGAGAGCAAAGAUGUGUUGGACCACGUGUCUGCAAUGGCAGAGGGCAAAAUGUUUGUGGUGAACUACAUCAUUGACGUUGUCGACACUCUGUUCAUUUACGAUGCGACAACUUGGGAAGUGCUACAGAAACUAGACGCCGGCAUAUCAGCUGUGAAUGGCAUCUCUGUCAAAGAUGACGCGUACGAACUGUUUUUCCGAGUAUCUACGUUCUUCACUCCAGGAACUGUAUACAGGGUGGAUCUCAAAGAUCCCUCUUUUAAACUAGAAAUGUGGCGCGAAAUGAAAUUAAAAAACGUGAACCAAGAUGAUUUCACCAGCAAGCAGGUCUUUUACGCCAGCAAAGAUGGAACCAAAGUUCCCAUGUUUGUCAACUACAAAAAUGGGCUUAAAUUGGAUAGCUCUGAGAAUGUAAUUCUUCUGUACGGAUAUGGAGGGUUCAAUAUUGCACUGGGACCCAGUUUUUCUCCGUUUAAUCUGAUGUUUAUGCAACACUUCGACGGGAUCUUCUGCCAGGCGAAUAUCAGAGGGGGGAGUGAGUACGGGGAGGAGUGGCACACGGGGGGUCAGAUUCUGAAUAAGCAGAAUGUGUUUGAUGAUUUUAUCGGGGCCGCAGAUUACAUGGUCCAGGAGAAGUACACGAACCCCAGUCGCAUUAUCAUACAAGGUGGAUCAAACGGAGGUCUUCUCACAGCUGCAUGCAUGUUGCAGCGUCCCAACUUGUUCGGCGUAGUCAUUUGUCAAGUGGGAGUGCUGGACAUGCUCCGGUUCCACUUGUUCACGAUCGGAGCCGCCUGGCAAUCUGACUUCGGAUACCCAGAUGAGAACAAAGCACACUUUGAAUAUCUACUCACCUAUUCGCCUCUUCAUAAUGUGAAGAUGCCGAAAGAAGGACAGUGGCCGGCGUUUUUAGGAGUCACUGCCGACCAUGACGACCGAGUUUCGCCACUACAUACACUGAAGUUCAUAGCCACUCUGCAGCACGAGGCCAACAAAUACCCACAGCAACAAACAAGUCCACUUAUGGCCAUGAUAGACACAAAGUCAGGACACGGGGCUGGCAAGCCAACUGCGAAAGUGAUCGAGGAGCGAAGCAGAAUGAUGUCUUUCUGUGCCAAGCACCUGGAUAUCAAAUUCAUAGAUGCAUAAUGUAGUCAAUUCUCGUUCUCGAAGUGAGAUAGAUACUGCGAAGUUGUAAAUAGUCUUAGAAGCAACUAAGCCGGAACGAAGGGCUCUAAUAUGUAAUAUAAAGCUCAAGAAUUGCUCGCAACUGAACGGACAGCCAGAGUGGUUGAUUGACGUCUUUAAAUUGCUGAUAUCAGUUUACUCGGAUUAUUUGAAACCUUGUUAUCUUAAAUAAAUGAUGUUUUAGGCUU